GAACCGAGCAGGGUAACAACUCUAUAUAAUAUUUACCCAUUGAACAGAUGCAAAACGAUUGCGAUUGUAGUUGCAUAUAUAUAUAUGUGCAUGUAGUCGUACGUAUUUUGUUAUUCUCAACGCAUUUCAACGCACUUUCAUAAAUUGUUGCAUACCUAUAUAUGAUUAUUUCAUAUAAGAAAUUUUAUUGUGAUUUUGCACGCACAUGUAAUAUUUAAUACCCCAUCGGUAACGCGAAGCCAUAGUUUCAUUUCUGUAAGUGUCCUCCGUGCUGUGGAUGAAGCUAACAUUAUAAAUUUGGUGUAAGCGAACAAACUUAGUGGGAGUUUUUCAGUGACUGUAAUUGUAUUUGAUAUUUCUUCUUUGAAGAAAUUGUGACUUUUGGAAAGAAAAAUAUGGAAGCGGAACCUUUAGAUCUUGAGGAUGGCGAAAUUAUCGAUGAUGAGGCAAGUGAUAUUGAAACGUAUAACAUUUUAAAAAGACCUCCUGCAGUCUCAUGUAAAGAAGAACACUCGAAACUAGGCUAUAAUGACGAAUCUGACGAUUCCGUGGACACUGAAAGCGACUCUGACUCAGAUUCAAGGCAUGUCAAGAAUAAAAAACCCAAGCUAAAAUUAAAACGAACCAGAAAUUCAACAAAAGGUUGGGCAAACACAAAUGAUAAGUAUAAAAUUUGGUGCACUCAAGUGCAAGAAGAUUCCCUAACGGAAGAUUUAGUAUUAUGUGGUGUAACGAAGAAACAUUACCAAGAGCGUAACGUUGAAAAUUAUAAUAUUCCGCACCAUUAUUCCUUAAAUGGUAGCUGGAAUGUACUACAACAUAACAAUAAUAGUUCAGAAGAUGAAAAAGAAACUGAAAGGAGAUCAACAAAUAAAAGAACAAAUUCAGACAGAAGUAAUGUCAAGCUAAGAUUAGGAAAGAAAUAUAAUGCAAUGGACGUAGAUAAAAGAGCUGUAAGAAAAGUAGCAGACUUAAGUACAACAGUUGAAUCAACUGAUGCAGAUGUUGCUACUGAUAUUGCAUCUAAACUUAAUGAGAAGAAAAAUCUUUUAAUAAAAGUAAUUGUGAACAUAAUUGGUAAAGAAAAAGCUAUUGACUUUUUCCAAAAAACAAGAAAGAUUGAGGAAGGAGGUGGUUUGUUAACAAUAAAUGGAUCUCGAAGAAGAACUGCAGGUGGAGUUUAUUUUUGGCUAGUAAAAAACGAUGAAGAUAUUCCGCAAGAAAAAAUAAGAGAAAUUUUUUACCCUGCCAAAAAAGAGCAAGCUGAUCAAAAAAAGGCUGAUGCUAGUACUAGGAGACAAAAGGCACAAGAAUUAAUUAAAUGUUUAGAAAAUGGUUUUGAAAAAGAUUUACCUACACUUUUAACAAAGGCCGAACUUUCUACAAAAGAAAUAGCGGAAGAAGCAAGAUUAAGACGUGGCGAAGGUAUGGACAGGAUGCCCAUGGAUUCUGAUCGCACAGUGACUAAUCCACCACCUAGUCCUGUAACAGAUGAUCCAGAUCACUCUGAACAUCCACUUGUACAAAGGCAUCUUCAAGAUUACGAAGAAGACUUCCUUGAUAUUGGUAUCGAUAUAGAUAGUAUGGAAGUACUUUAAAGUUUAUUACUAUUUUUUUUGUAUUUGCAGAUGAUUUGUACAAAAUGAAAUUCUAAUCUUUGCAGAAGUUAUACACAUAUGCGUGCACGCGCGCACGAACACUCACACACAAGUAUGCGAAUACAAUUUACACAUAGUUUGUACGUUUGCUUACAACAUACUAAACAUAAAUAUGAAAUGUGAUCAAAGAAUGAUCGAUUAAUUGCAACGACGUUCCAUACUGUGAUAAAAUAAUUUAUCAGAUGUACAUGCUAUGGUAACGUGCUGUGUCAGUUUCUUACAUUUUCAAAAACGAGAAAUAUUUUUGUAUAGGUUUCCUGUAAUGAAUUGAUUCUAAAAAGAAACCCGAAUGAAAUCAGAAAGAUAUAAUUGAUAGAUAAUUCAAAUAUAAUAAAAUGUUCAGGCAACGUUAGUUAUAAAUGCAAGUGUAAACUGUGUUCCUUUAUAAAAAUGAUCCCCAACCAUUACAUUGCAACUGGUUUCAUAAAGUGUGACUAAUUGAUAGUACGAUAUCUAGAUAUAGUGCAGAUAUCUAUGCAAAAUGAGAAGUUUCUGUAUAAAAUUAUUAUAAAAUCUGUAUAAUUUUAAAAAGUUGAAAAUGAUAUAUCGAUGUGCUUAAAUUGUUUUAAUAUUUUUAAAUGCUUAAAAUCCGUGGGCUAAUGAUAUCAGUGUAAUCAAUAGGAUAGUACUACUAACAAUUGCAAUGUUUGUGAGAGAUAAAAGAUGAUUUUUCCAAAGCUUACAUAGUUUUUAUACCCAAAUGUCUCAACAAUAUACAUUGUUAUGUUUAUCAUGUAUCAUGCUAUUGUAUUAUAGCCAAUCGUAUUUGUGUGCCUCUCUACUAUUUUAUUUGGAACAGAAAGUCGAACAUUUGUAUCGCCCGAAGAUACGUGCAUUCGGUUUGACUUAAUUCAUUCCAGGUUAGCUAUACUUCUUUUUAAGUUUAAUUGAACACGUUCGUUCUUACCAUUAAGAAAAAUAUAAAACAAUGUAAAUUGCGACAACGUGAGACGAAAUUGUUUCUGUUGCGUAAUUUUUAUGAAAUUCUCAUUGUUGAAGAUUGUUUAUGUACAUAAAAGUCACUAUAAAAAUAAAUAAUGAACUAUUUGUACUUUGUAUAAUGUAUUAAAUGAAUUAUCUUGUAA